AUGAGUGGCCUACCAUUACAAUAUUCAACAUUUUCGAUCGAAAAUCGAUCUGUAUCAGAAUUAUUUCAUUCUAAUGAUACAUUCGAUCGAAAUUGUACAACGAUUGAAUGUUUUGAUCGUACUCCUCAAGUAAUUAGUUCGCCUUGGUUCAUUGGUCUUAUCGUUGCAAUUAUUGUACUUCUUAUAAUUAUUGCUAUUGUUUGUGGUAUUAUGAAACGUAAAGGUGGUAAAUAUUCCGUACAAGAUAAAGAAAUGUUACAUGGACCUACUGGAUAUGGUGGAGAUGAUGAAGCAAAAUUUUCUGAAUAUUAUCGAUCACCGGGUGAUGUGUCAAUAAGACAUAGUCGAACAUCAUUAAAUAAUGGUGAUGAUCGUGAUUCAAUGGCAGAAUUUAAUGAUGAAAAAGAUCGCGGUCGAUUUACAGAAGAUGGAUCUUUCAUUGGACAAUACGGACGUGAUGAUAAACGACGUACUUAUCUGAUUAAAUAUGAUGAAAGUAUAGGUUUUACCAAUGAUAAUCCAACUAAUGAUCAAGCAACAUUUUCAUCUCCUGUGUAA